CCUAGACAUGGAGUCUCUCUUCCAAUAUCGACGGAUCCAAAAAGCCGUUACAGAAGAGGUAGCUAGUGGUCAUAGGGCGUUAUCUUCUGAUGCAGAACAUGGCUUGAGCUGUCAUCCCGUUAGUACUCAGACCCCGGCUGGCAUGCCUUCCACCGAAAGUUCCAGCCCUGUUCCGACGGUGAUUGUAGACUGGUCAGGCCCAGACGAUCAGCUGAAUCCAGCAAACUGGAGUGUCGCACGCAAGGCUUUUAUGACGGCCCUUGUCUCCCUAAUCGCCUCCUCGGUAACGGCGGCAUCGGCCAUUGAUGCGUGCGGCAUUGUCCCAUACACAGAGGAAUUUGAGACAUCGGAAGUUGUUGCUUCUCUUGCUACAGGGCUCUUUAUGAUCGGCUUUGCCCUCGGUUCCUUGGUCUCCGGGCCCUUCUCCGAAAUUUUCGGGCGCAAUAUUGUCUAUGUCGCAACGAUGCUCCUCUACCUCGUCUUCAUCAUGGCUGCUGCCCUUGCCCCUAAUCUUGCGAGCCACCUAAUCUUUCGCUUUAUCGCGGGCCUUUUCGGCUCCACGCCUCUGACAUGCUCUGGGGGAACAGUAGCCGACCUGUGGAAUCCAGUCCAGAAAAGCUAUGCGUUUCUCAUCUUCGCGAUUCCGGGAUUUAGUGGGCCCAUAAUUGGACAAUUGAUCGGCAGCUUCAUUCCCGCGACGUUGGGAUGGCGGUGGCUGGAGUGGAUCAUGCUCAUCAUGGGAGGUGCGGUUCUUGUUACCGUAUUCCUCUUCCAGCCCGAGACAUAUGCACCCCUCCUUCUGCAGUGGAAGGCGUCCGCUCUUCGCAGGCAGACGGGAGAGAAACGAUACCAGGCCCACUUGGACAUGAGGACUGAAUCUUUGCUGCAGCGACUGGCUAUCGCGGUCUCCCGGCCUUUCUUGUGGAGUUACACGGAGCCUAUCGUUCUCCUCAUGUCCCUCUAUCUGACCAUUAUUUAUAUCAUCCUCUUCACCUUUCUAGAAGGAUACCGGUCCAUCUUCGGAGCUACGUACAAUUUAUCCUCAGGACUCACCAGCAUCGCCUGGGCCGGCAUGUUGGUCGGCGUGUUUCUCGUGUGUCUGCUCACCCCAUUGGUCUACUCCUGGACACGCAACGAAUACAAGCAGACGGGCCGAAUCCGCCCCGAAACCCGAUUAUGGUAUGCGAUGCUUGGGGGCGCCCCCGCCGUUCCCAUCGGGCUCUUUUGGAUGGGUUGGACGACUAAUCCCUUAAUCAGCAUCUGGUCCCCCCUCGUUGCAUCCGCUCUCGUUGGUUUUGGAAUGACGACCAUCUUCAUCAGUGCGUACCUAUACAUCAUCGACUCGUACAGCGUCUACUCCCCGUCUGCGCUAGCCUUCAUGUCUUUUACACGCUAUUUAGUGUCCGGUGGGGUGAUGGUUGCAGGGGGUACAAUUUACGAGAGGUACGGAGUGCCUUAUACACUGAGUGUGCUAGGGGCCAUUAGUGCAAUGAUGGCAGUAAUUCCGUACCUGUUUUACUUUUAUGGACCGGCCAUACGGAGGAUGAGCAAGCAUGCGGCUAUUAAGGAUUGA